UCGUCGACUUCUCUUUAAGUCACGCAAGAGCACGAGAAAAUCGGCCCAUCGGGAACACAAGCCUGAUGUGUUACUCCCCUCCUAUUACAAUCAUCUCCUACGUGCCAAAUCCAAUCAAACAGCUUCAUCAUCGGCCUUGCUCUUCGAUACCUUGUCGCACACUCGAGGAUGCCUGCCCGUCCGGUCACCAGAGGGUCCAAAUCCGGGGUAAAGCCGCCUCCCCCGAAAGGAAAGUCAACGGCGAAAACGAGAACCACCAGCAGCAGCGCUGCCCCAACAAAGAAGGUCCCUCGCUCAAGAACGUUCACAGGCUGUCGCACCUGCAGAAGUCGUCAUCUCAAGUGUGACGAGGCCCGCCCAGUAUGCUCGUCCUGCCGCCGCCUCAAUCUCGUCUGUGAGGGCUACGAUGGCCAGCUCCUGUGGGUUCCGGACCCCCUGUGCUCCGCCGAGCAGAAGCACGCUCAUCGCGGCACUUCCUACCGGUACCCGCUUUUCACCGAGGAAGAGAGGAAGACAAUGAGUGUCGAGAUUGUGACGAGCAUGGGGCGCCAGUCUGCCGGCGACAUUGUUCUGGAUCUCGACGAGAAAAGCGUCCAUGCCGACGAUGCGCACGUAGCUGGUCCGUUUGGCGUGUUCAGGGCCUUUGAUGGCUCUACGGAUUCUGCAUCUUCGCCGUUGCAACCCUCUGUUUCUGGGAGCUCGCCUAACACCUCGCCGUCUGAUGCCUUACCAGAGACGAUGGACGGCGAGCUCGAUGAAGAUAUCGAGGAUGUUGUUAUCGAGCCUUGGUCCGUUGACGAUAGCUCCUUAGCUCUGGAGCCAUAUUUCUUACCUGGACCGUUUGACAACUUUAGCACUGAAGGCAUGAUAAACAACAUGGGCCAGCCGUGGAUGCACGAAGAUCCGACCAGUCCUUCGACAGACGAGCAAACCCUACCGAUUUCGCACAAGCUUCCUACCCCCUUAACUAACAACAUGCCGGGUAUCGAACCAUGCUUGCCGUCACAUGCAGCUUCCCUCUUACGAUACUACAAGACUAUGGAAUCGUCAUCGUCGGUUAAGGGUAUGAGAAUAUCACCGUGGCAGCUCUGGCUCCUCCCUUGCGCUCUGGAAACCUUUGCCGAGCUGUCGCUUUGGAACACCACUUCGCAUACCCGUCACAGUAUCCUGUGUACACUGCUAGCAAAGAGUGCCUUUCAUAUGCAUCAGUCUUCAAAAAAAGAAAGCCAGAAGUCAACAACACAGUGGCUAGAUAUUGGACAGAACUAUCAAAAGAGUGCCCAGACACAUCUCAAAAUGGCCUUACGAGGAGAAUCUGAUGAGCCAAGUCAGGCCAAAUACAACGAGAUCCUUAUGGCCAUUCUUGCCACAGCCAUGGUAUCGGUUCUCUAUAAUGGAUCCCGCGCAGUAAAGAUCUUCCUCCUCGACGCCGAACGCCUAAUCCGUCUGCGUGGCCUUGCGAUGCCCAAAUCCUUCAACAUCCGUGUACUACAUCAUGUCUACACACACCUCCGCGUCAUUGCAGAGAGUACAGAUAUUGCCAUAGAAUCUGCAAAAUCCCAAGCGCAGGCGGCAACCGAGAUGGCGGUGUCGCUCCGCAAGUUCCGUAUCGCAGAAGAUUCUCUCGGUGCCGACCUCGAUUUGUCACGGGAGAAGCCUGCAGAGGUGGGCUACGCGGACAUUCAUCUCGAUGUUUCUGGCCACUGGCCUGUGACGAUGUACCCAGAGAUCUAUGGUGUGCCAGAGUCAUUGAUGACGCUGCUGUCGCAGACCAUUAGCUUCGCUAAUGAGAAGACCAAGCUGGAAGCAAUGGCCAUGUACGACCACCGCAUCUCCAUGGCCAUGUCGCGCCAUAUCAAACAAUUGGAGCAGAACAUCUGGUCCUGGUCAAUGGGAUCGUCGGAUAUGCAAAGUGGGCCGAGCCGUCCGCGGGAACUUGUCACCCAGGAGACGAAGCUCGUAGACCAUCCCCUCAUCCGAUCUCUGACGCUUGCCAUGCAUCAGGCACUUAUCAUCUACUUUUACCGCCGCGUCUACAACAUGAGCGCCAUGGUGAUUCAGGACUCUGUGCGUAAGACGCUAGAUUUCAUUCAGCCGUGCCUCGAAGAGACAGCAGACGAUCACGACUUUGCGACGAGCAUCGGGUGGGCAGCUUUCAUUGCUGCGUGCGAGGCUACAACGCCUGAUUUACAAGAGAGGGGCCUCAAAGUGCUUCAGAAAAUUGAUAGUAGCGGCGUGAUAUUUGGUACAGAUAAGCCCAGUGUUUUGGCCCAAAGUGUAUGGGACAAGAGGACGGAGACCGGUGAUUGGACCUUGAGCUGGCCGGACAUGAUGAAGACUAUUUCGAGAUGA